GCGCGGGGCCGCUUCGUUGCAAGGGCGGCGGCAGGCCCGGGCGCAGCGGAGCCCGGCCCCGCCAUGCGAUCAGGCAGUGCGCUGACCGGCCCGGCCGGCCGGCCCCUUCUGGGUCCUCCCUGUGCAGCCCGUGCGGGGCCGUCCCGGAGACCCCGCGCCGACGGCUGCUCAAACAUCAGGCUGGCCCCACAAAGGACAUUAUCAAAGUCCCCAGCCUGGGGCCCUGCGUAGACCUGGAGUGGCCACCCCACCCUUCCCUUCAUGAUUCGUUCAUAGCACAGUGGAAAUGGAUGAUGAGGAUGGGAGAUGCUUACUAGACGUGAUUUGUGACCCUCAGGCCCUCAAUGACUUCUUGCAUGGAUCCGAAAAGCUGGACAGCGAUGACCUCCUGGAUGCCCCUGUGGAGGCCCAAAGUGCCUUCUAUGAAGGUCCUGGGCUCCAUGUGCAGGAAGCUGCCGGCAACCACCUGAACCCAGAGCCCAGCCAGCCUGCCCCCAGCGUGGACCUGGACUUCCUAGAAGAUGAUAUCUUGGGCUCCCCUGCAGCAGGAGGAGGUGGAGGGGGCGGCGGGGGCCCAGACCAGCCCUGUGACAUUCUUCAGCAGAGUCUUCAGGAGGCCAACAUCACAGAACAGACCCUGGAGGCUGAGGCUGAACUGGACCUGGGCCCCUUCCAGCUGCCCACCCUACAGCCUGCUGACAAUGGGGCUGGUGCUACUGGAGCUGCAGGAGCCGCUGCAGUGACUGCAGGACCCCAGGCUCUCUUCCCGGGCAGCGCAGAUCUGCUGGGGCUGCAAGCCCCACCCACUGUACUGACCCACCAGGCCCUGGUGCCACCUCAGGAUGUGGUCAACAAGGCCUUGAGCGUCCAGCCCUUCCUGCAGCCUGUGGGCCUGGGCAAUGUGACCCUUCAGCCCAUUCAAGGCCUCCAGGGCCUUCCCAAUGGCAGUCCUGGGAAUGCCACAGCAGCCACCUUGGGUCUGACACCUAUUCAAGUGGUGGGCCAGCCUGUCAUGGCUCUCAACCCACCCACCUCCCAGCUCUUAGCAAAGCAGGUGCCCGUCAGUGGCUACCUGGCCUCCGCAGCUGGUCCUUCAGAGCCAGUGACACUGGCAUCUGCCGGCGUGUCCCCCCAGGGAGCUGGCCUGGUCAUCCAGAAAAAUCUUCCAGCUGCAGUGACCACCACACUCAAUGGGAACUCAGUGUUUGCCGGGACAGGAGCUCCCACUGCAGCAGCCAGUGGGACACCCUCGGGACAGCCGCUGGCGGUGGCCCCGGGCCUUGGCACAUCACCACUGGUACAAGCACCCAGUGUGAUUUUACACAGAACCCCUACGCCCAUCCAGCCCAAGCCUGCAGGGGUCUUGCCCCCCAAACUCUACCAGCUGACACCCAAGCCCUUCACCCCUACGGGAGCCACCCUUACCAUCCAGGGUGAGCCAGGCACCUUGCCCCAGCAGCCUAAGGCCCCCCAGAACCUGACUUUCAUGGCCGCAGGCAAAGCUGGCCAGAAUGUGGUGCUGUCUGGCUUCCCGGCACCGGCUUUGCAGGCGAAUGUGUUCAAGCAGCCACCAGUCACCACCACAGGGACAGCCCCGCCACAGCCACCUGGGGCCCUCAGCAAGCCUAUGAGCGUCCACCUCCUCAAUCAAGGCAGCAGCAUCGUGAUCCCAGCUCAGCAUAUGCUGCCUGGCCAGAACCAGUUCUUGCUGCCAGGCACCCCAGCCGUACAACUCCCCCAGUCACUCUCUGCCCUGCCUGCCAACGUGGGAGGCCAGAUCCUCACAGCCGCAGCACCACAUGCAGGUGGACAGCUCAUUGCCAACCCGAUCCUCACCAACCAGAACCUAACAGGCCCACUUAGUCUGGGCCCAGUGCUGGCACCCCACUCUGGGGCACACAGCGCUGCACACAUCCUCUCUGCCGCUCCCAUCCAGGUGGGCCAGCCCGCCCUCUUCCAGAUGCCUGUGUCACUGGCCACUGGCAGCCUGCCCACUCAGAGCCAGCCAGCUCCCACUGGCCCCACCGCCACCACCGUCCUCCAGGGCGUCACCCUGCCUCCCAGUGCUGUGGCCAUGCUUAACACACCUGACGGGCUAGUGCAGCCCUCUACCACCACUGGGGAGGCCACACCCGUUCUGGCCGUUCAGCCUGCAACCCAGGUGCCCCCUGCUGUCUCCACACCACUGCCCAUGGGUCUCCAACAGCCACAGGCACAGCAGCCUCCACAGGCCCCUACUCCACAGGCGGCCACCCCUCCUCAGGCCAGCCCAAGCCUGGCAUCCAGCCCAGAGAAGAUAGUCUUGGGGCAGGCGCCCCCUGCGGCCACAACGGCCAUCCUCACUCAGGAUUCCCUACAGAUGUUCCUGCCCCAGGAGAGGAGCCAGCAGCCCCUCUCUACAGAGGGUCCCCACCUCUCGGUGCCUGCCUCCGUCAUAGUCAGCGCCCCGCCUCCUGCCCAAGACCCAGCCCUGGCCACGCCCGUCACCAAAGGAGCUGGCCUCGGCGCUCAGACCCCCGACAACCGGGCUUCCCCAACUCCGGCCCCCCAGAUCCCUGCAGCUGCUCCACUGAAAGCCCCUGGCCCCGCCUCCUCCCCAUCUCUACCUCACCAGGCCCCCCUGGGAGACAGUCCCCACAUGCCCUCCCCACACCCUGCCAGGCCCCCUUCCCGCCCACCCUCGAGACCCCACUCACGCCCUCCAGCCAGCACCCCAGCCCCCACAGUCCCAGGCCCACCCCAGCCUCCUCUGCGACCCCCAUCCCAGCCUCCUGAGGGCCCACUGCCCCCAGCCUCCCACCUCCCUCCUGCCUCCACCCCCUCCGCUGUGGCCUCCUCCUCUGAGCCUUCUACUAGGUUGCCAGUUCCCACACCCCCUGACUUCCAGCUCCAGUUCCCACCAGGCCAGGGAUCCCAUAAGUCCCCUACUCCGCCACCAGCCCUCCACAUGGUCCCUGAGCCCACAGCACCCCCCCCUCCACCACCUCGGACUUUCCAGAUGGUAACUGCCCCCUUCCCGGCGCUGCCGCAGCCAAAAGCACUUCUGGAUCGAUUCCACCAGGUGCCAUCUGGGAUUAUUCUCCAGAAUAAGGCUGGGGGUACUCCCACCACCCCACAGACAUCCACCACCCUGGGGACCCUCACCAGUCCUACUGCCUCUGUGCUAGUCAGUGGACAGGCACCACCUGGGACUCCUGCCGCCUCUAGCCAUGCCCCAGCCUCCACACCUAUGGCCACCACAGGCCUCCCUCCUCUACUUCCUGCCGAAAACAAAGCUUUUGCCAGCAACCUUCCAACCCUGAGUGUGGCCAAAGCUACUGUGUCUGGGCCAGGGAAGCCCCCGACGAUGCAGUAUGACAGCAAGUUGUGCAGCCUGAAGAGACAGCCCCUACUGCAACCCAGCAAAGAAGCCUGCUUCCUGGAGCAUCUGCACAAACAUCAGGGAUCUGUCCUGCACCCGGAUUACAAGACAGCCUUCCCCUCCUUUGAGGACGCCCUCCAUCGCCUCCUGCCCUACCAUGUCUACCAAGGCGCCCUCCCUUCCCCCAACGAGUACCAUAAAGUGGAUGAAGAAUUUGAGACUGUCUCUACGCAGCUGCUCAAACGCACCCAGGCCAUGCUCAAUAAAUAUCGGCUUUUGCUUCUGGAAGAGUCCAGGAGAGUCAGCCCUUCCGCGGAGAUGGUUAUGAUCGACCGAAUGUUCAUUCAGGAGGAGAAGACCACCCUUGCCUUGGAUAAGCAGCUCGCCAAGGAGAAGCCUGAUGAGUACGUGUCUUCCUCCCGCUCCCUUGGCUUCCCUGUCCCAGUGUCUUCCGAGGGUCACCGGCUCCCCAGUCAUGGCCCAUCGUCUUCAUCCUCCACAUCUGGAACAUCUGCCCAGCCCCCUCCUCAUCUGCCCACCAAGCUAGUGAUCCGGCACGGUGGGGCUGGCGGCUCUCCCUCAGUGACCUGGGCCCGGGCAUCAUCCUCCUUGUCAUCAACGUCCUCAUCCUCAUCCUCAUCCUCUGUUGCCUCAUCCUUGGACGCAGAUGAAGACGGCCCCAUGCCCUCCCGUAACCGGCCACCCAUCAAGACCUAUGAGGCCCGGAGCCGCAUUGGCCUCAAACUCAAGAUCAAACAGGAGGCAGGGCUCAGCAAGGUGGUGCACAACACUGCACUGGAUCCUGUGCACCAGCCCUUGCCUGCUCCAACCCCUGCAAAAGGGGCAGAGCCUCCGCCACACCCACCUCCGCCCCCACUCCCACCUGCCACCCAGGCGCAGAUGAAUGGCACUCUGGACCAUCCCCCACCCGCAGUACGCAAACCCUCGGUGCCUGCGUCCUGCCCACGUCUACCAUUGCGCAAGACCUACAGAGAAAACAUGGGCGAUCCUGGUACCACCGAGGGUGCACAGGGACGGCCACGGAGUGCAGGCAGCCCCACCCCACUGCCCGCCAAGGUAGACGAAGCCACCAGCGGGCUGAUCAGGGAGCUGGCAGCGGUGGAGGACGAACUAUAUCAGCGGGUUCUGAAGGGCGGCCCACCACCCCCAGAGACCCCAGCCUCCGCUGCCAGCCAGGGCCCCACUGAACCCAGUUGGGAAGCACCUGUGCUGCCCCCAGCCAAACGACGAAAGUCCGAGUCCCCGGACGUGGACCAGGCCAGCUUCUCUAGUGACAGUCCACAGGAUGAUACACUUACUGAGCAUUUACAGAGUGCCAUCGACAGCAUUCUUAACCUGCAGCAGGCCCCAGGCCGGACACCCGCAGGCCCAUACCCCCAUACGGGGCCCACGCCUGGCACUCCCACAUCCCCAGUGCCCCUGCACAGGCCUGACUCCUUCCCACCCUCUAGUCACAAUGGUGGCCUCGGUGCCAGGACGUUGAACAGAUAACACUGGGCUGCUUCUGCAGCCCUCAUCGGGUGCCCCCAACCCCACUUCCAGGAGAGCAGCCUGACCGCCGACCUCCACCUCUAAGGGGCACUAACCCAGUUCCCCUGACAAUUCUUGCCUAAGUUAUUUGAGUCACAAAGGCCUCCUCACCUUCCUGCUUCCACGUUGGCUAGAGAUUUAGAAUGGGGCGUGGGUUUUCUAGGGAAGGUGGGCUAUAAGGUACAACGUCCCCCUGGCACAGGCCAGACUGGGCUACUAGGUUGAUGCACUGGUAACAUCUGAAUACAAGGUCUUAUCUGAUUGUC